AUGAGCGGACGCCUUCUUGCUGCAGGGCUUUCGCCCAUGACGCGACGCGCCCCCGUCCAAGCAGUCCGUCAUUUUCAUCGACUCCCCGCUGGCGGGCUUCAGCGAGCUGAUGCUGCUGUUCGAGCCACCCGACGACGCAUGUGGUUCCCGGGCAAUGCUUUUCACAAUGCCGUCAUAGUUCGAAAUGCGUCUUUCGCCCGGUUUCUGCCAAAACUCGUCGUGAAGUUCGCCAGAAUUCCGGCCAUGUUUGGCGGAUUGGCAGUUGGAACACUCGCCUGGGUUCAGUAUCAAGCUAAUCGUACGUUCUCCCUUCGACAUAAGAACCAACUGCUGACCACUUCGUCCAUAGAGCUAAGCAACAAUGCCUGGGAUUUCGUUACCAAGACAGGAGAGGGGCUAUCCGAUGCUGCAACGAAUAUAUUUGGCGGUGCCAGAGAUAUUGCAGACCAAACAAUGAGAGGAUGGGAGAAUACGAAAGAACAGUUCGAAACUCCGGAGUGGCUGCAGAAGGUCUUGCGCAUCCAUGAAGAGAUUGGGACUGGAAAGGGGGGGGACGAAGGACCUGGCGGAGAACCCCCCAAGCAGAGCAGAGCCGGGGCAGCCGCAGUUGUCGGAGCCUCAGCAGCUGCCUACGGAUAUGAUCAAUCUUCUGAGGACGAUCCCCGAGACCCUGGCGAAGUGGCUAAGGACGACCAAAUGAUGGUUCUUACCAAGAAAAUGAUCGAGAUUCGGGGUAUACUUCAACAGGUUGGCCAGUCAAGCUCUUUGACCCUUCCUUCUAUCGUGGUAAUCGGAUCACAAUCGUCCGGGAAAAGCUCCGUUCUCGAAGCUCUUGUUGGUCACGAAUUCUUACCCAAAGGGACCAAUAUGGUUACUCGGCGGCCGAUCGAGCUGACUCUCGUUAACACACCCGAAUCAGACGCAGAGUAUGGCGAGUUUCCGGAUCUGGGGCUCAGGCGCAUCACCGACUUCUCCUCGAUCCAGAGAACGUUGACUGAACUCAAUUUGGCUGUUCCAGACACUCAAUGCGUCUCGGACGAUCCAAUUCACCUUACCAUUUACUCACCAAAUGUACCAGACUUGUCUCUUAUCGACCUGCCAGGCUACAUUCAGGUUGUGGGCCAGGGCCAGCCACUCGAACUGAAGCAGAAAAUAUCGGAGCUUUGCGACAAAUAUAUCCAGCCACCCAAUGUCAUCCUCGCCAUCUCCGCCGCAGAUGUGGACCUAGCGAACUCGACAGCUCUGCGUGCUAGUCGUCGUGUGGACCCUAGAGGUGAGAGAACCAUCGGAGUAAUAACCAAGAUGGACUUGGUGGACGCUCCUCGUGGUGCAGCAAUCCUAGGCGACAAGCAAUAUCCCCUCAGGCUUGGAUAUGUGGGUGUUGUCUCGCGAGUUCCACAGUCAAGCAGCCUAUUCAAAAGGUCCGGCAGCAUUAUGUCCGUCAUUGCCAAGAAUGAGAAGGCUUUCUUUUCAUCGCAUCCACUCGAGUUUGGGGAAGGGUCUGGAGUCAAUGUAGGAACGAUCAACUUGCGUAAGAAGCUCAUGACAGUCCUCGAACAGACUAUGUCUGCCAGCCUACAGAGCACGAGCGAUGCCAUUAGGCAAGAACUAGAGGAGGCAACAUACGAGUUCAAGGUGCAGUACAAUGAUCGUCCACUGUCUGCUGAAUCCUACUUGGCAGAAAGCCUCGACGGCUUUAAACACUCUUUCAAACAAUUUACCGAGGAGUUCGGUCGCCCUCAGAUGCAUCAACUACUCAAGCAGGAACUUGACCAGAAAGUCCUUGACUUACUUGCGGCUAGGUACUGGAACAAGCCGAUUCAGGACUUGUCUCCUGCUCGGCCUGAACCGGACAACCUAGCGGAUCUUCCCAAGGCGGAUCCCAACUCUCUAUACUGGCACCGCCAGCUCGAUGCAUCUACCUCAUCUCUCACAAAGCUUGGAGUUGGAAGGUUGGCAACAACUGUCGUUGCCUCCUCAAUCCAGUCACAUAUUGACAGACUCAUCAAACAUUCAACCUUCAGCAGCCACCCUUUUGCUAGGGAAGCCAUUAUGGAAGCUGCCUCGACCAUCCUUAAUGAGAGGUUUUACAGCACUAGCGAUCAAGUGGAGAACUGCAUCAAGCCUUACAAGUUUGAGAUUGAUAUCGACGAAAGAGAAUGGGCUCAAGGGCGAGAUCAUUCGGCUGUUGUGCUUAAGAGGGAGCUUCAGGACUGCGAAGCUGCGCUUAAAGGCAUUGAAGACACUAUAGGCGGCCGGAGGAAGCUGAGAGAAGUGAUGAACUUCGUAGACCGCGCGCGUAAGGGGGAUGUUGUCGUCGAAGGAGACGGACGAAGCGGUGCUGGGGGUUUCAGCGCUGCACUUCUCACCAGAGGUAUGGACGGGCCAGGACGCGAAGCCGUCUUUCUCAGAGACCGCGCUGACAUCAUCAAGAUGCGGCUGAUGGCAGUCAAGUCUAAACAAUGCGCCAACCUGAAGAAUAAGUACUACUGCCCCGAGGUCUUCCUUGAUGCAGCAGCCACAAAACUGGCCUCGACAGCUGUGUUGUUUCUCAAUGUUGAACUUCUCUCGGAAUUUUACUACAACUUCCCUCGAGAGCUUGAUCUUCGCCUUGGCAGACACCUUUCCGAUGACCAGAUCGAGAAGUUCGCCAAGGAGGAUCCCAAGAUCAAGAAACAUCUCGAAGUCAUCCGCCGCAAGGAGCUUCUAGAAUUAGUUCUCGAGAAGAUGGAGAGUUUGCGACAACUCGAAGGUCGCGAGCGGGAGCGGCAGAAUGGCAGCAGACCUAUUAAGGAUGAGAAACAACGGGGGCGUUGGGGGCUGUUCUGA